AUGCUAUUUGUAAUUAAAGUGCUAUACGGUUACGGCCCGGCCUAUACCAGACCCACACAACCCCAGCCCCUGUACUCAACCGAAUUGGCCGCGUCUGGCAUUUUCGGCCCACCGGUCGGUCAGGCCGUACCCGCCGGACACACACCGGUGCGCCGCCGGUACCGCUCAGCGUCAUCGCCACCAGACAUACACUACGGUAGAGACACACCACCCCUGCAGGUAAGCCCCGAGCAGUCAACCGGCGCCUAUCCUAUCCGGUCUGCCAUUCAGUACUGGGAAAAUCUAUCCACCAGUAGUGGUAGCGGUCGACAGUCGCCGUCCACACCGAACAUAUCGCCCAAACGGUCCCGACUGGACAGCCCUACUACGGCCGUAAAGGUGUCUGAGUUGCCACCGGUGCCCGUCCGGCGCCCAUUCACACCGCCAUCCGUGCCGUACGCUGAGCUCCGUAGCGUACGAGUGGCCAAUCCGGCCGAUCAGUUGGACAGGGCGUACGCUGAGGCCGAGGGUGGGGCCGAAGGUCCUGGCAGUUGGUCGGGUGAGUUGCACGAGCUGAGCCGUAGAGGACUGGACAUUGAUCUGGACGACGAGCUCGGGUCGGGCGAGUUUGGCACAGUCUACAGGGGCCGCUACAAUGAGCAAAUUGUAAACAUUGGAGGCAAAGGCCAGCGAUAUUUGUUGGGUGUAAAACCUGAUGAGAGGUUUGCGGCCAAAUCGGUACAGUUCUAUCCCUACAGCGAACUGUCCUUCCGGUUGGCCCACGAGGUGGAGAAAUGUGUGUUCAAAUCGCUUCGACACCCAAACAUUGUGUCCUAUCGGUUGGCCAUAAAUCUCGGUAAACACCGAGUGCUCAGUAGGAAAUCGGGCCAAUCAGAUGACGGCACAGAGGGUCCGACCGGUAGGGAUAUUAUUAGCUACGACCGGAUGUUCCUGAUCAUGGAGCUCAGCGAUCGUGGUUGUUUGCACGACUUUUGGCGUAGCAAUGAGUUUAAGGAGUUUGCCGCACCCCUGGCCAUCCUAUUCAUUCAGCAAUUGUGCUCCGCCAUGGCUCAUAUGCAAGACAUAGGGGUCGCCCAUCUGGACAUACAUACAGGCAAUGUGUUGGUAUUCAGCGGCGGCGCCGCCGGUCAGUACGCGGCCAAGUGGUCUGACUUUGGCACCGGUGUGUCCCGGGAUCUAUACCGGGGUUGGGGAGUGACUAUACCGGCCGAUCACAUGCACGCUAUAGAAUGGUAUAGAAAAUUAUUUACAAACAUCACUUUGCAAACUUUAUUUCGACACAAAAAUACCGUUCAUUUAAAUGUGAGAUUUAUUUGUGAAUUCAAUAAAUGCCACAAAAGUUUUAGUGAAAGACAAAGUUUAAAACGACACAAAAGUUGUGUUCAUUUGAAUGAAAGAAAAUUUAAAUGUAAUGAAGAAAAUUGUGGCAAAAUAUUUACAACAAAAUACAAUUUAAUUCAACACAAAAGCAUACAUUCGGGAGAAAAACCAUUUGUUUGUCAUUUUAAUGAUUGUAACAAAAGAUUUUACAGAAAAUCUUGUCUUAAAGAACACAUGAGAAGACAUUUGAAUUUAAAAAGCCAUAAAUGUAUUCAUAAUAACUGUAAUCAACGGUUUGUUACAUCGACUGAAUUGCAUCAACAUAUUAGGCACGGACAUAUUUAA